GCGGUUUUUUGUGGCACGACGUCCAAUGUAAUUAUAAAAAUUGGCAAGGUGCGGGCGAGAACCUACUUCUUCGUCAUGCCAGAUGUCGACCACCCUAUCCUCCUGGGCAGAUCGUUCAUGUGCAGGACGGAGACUAUGAUCUUUAAUAAGCACGAUGGAACGAUGAUAUUGCUCUUGAGCGAUCCGGCCUGUGAGAACUAUGAGGUUAUCACCUGUCGAAACACAGGGCCAGGGAGCGAGAGGAAUCAGCCUAAUCCUGGCUCGUUCACUUUUGUAGAAUCAAAGAAUGAGCGGCGAAGGUUUUGGGAAGAGCCCGAGGGGGAAGGAGGGGCGAAGGUGUUGUCGCUAAGCCUCAAAGAUGUGAACAAGGCUAUGGAGAUAGUGACGGCACACGAGAUGGCAGAUCCGGAGGCAAUCAAGGCGCUGAGGGAGCAAGUCUUGGAAAACCCUCAGAUGGGGGAAGUAGAAUUGAUCUAUCGACUUCCUGGAGGAAGGGGCAGCUCUGCGAUGGCACAGCCCCAAACGUCAAGCCGACCUUUUUUAGGGAACGGCUUAAGCAGGGCGUCCAAAGGCGGGAACAAGAACAGGGCCGAUGGCCUGAGCCGUGUCAACAAGGACAGCUUGGAUCAGGAGUCGACCGAAGAUACUCCACCAGUUGAUGGGAUUUUGGACCAGGAAGAGGACGUCCGGCUCCAUAUAAACAAGUGGUCCUUGCGAGUGCCCAACUGUGUUAGCCAACCCAUAUGGAUAGCGCCUAGAGGGUAUGAGCAAAAGGCGGAUUUAGUCCUCAAGCCGUUUCAGGAGGAGGACCCAUGGGGAGGCAAGGAUGUCCACUGGAUGAUGAAGUUGGCGUUGGCAGGUACGCAUGACUUGGUAGAGGAAGUAAGAACGAUAGAGGAGGGCCCUACUCAAGUAGAGGAGCAUGAGCAGCUGAUGGGAGGGAUGUACCUGCUUAUGAAUACACUUCAGCAAGGGGACUUCGACCGAAAGACCUCCUUAAGUCCAGUUGAAGGCGAGGACCUCGUUCCUGAGAGUCAGGACGAUGAGUUCGAGGAAGGGGAGAUAAAGGAGGCGUUUCGGGCAGAGGAGUAUGACGGGAUCUACCUUGAGUUAGAGAUACAUGAGCAGAGGGACAGAAUGGAGGCUGCAGGGAUAUCGCCGACACCACUAGCUGACCCCAAGAUAAGCGAGCAAAGGAUUGACGAGUUGUGGGCCAGAUAUGAGGGUCCACGGGAGGCAGCUCGCCAGAGGUCACAAGAGGCAGGGCAGGCAGGUGAGAGGGCAGAUGAGGCGAUAGAGAUCGGAGAGCUGGGAUUUUCCGCCGCCAGGAGGGCCAUCGAGCGGGUGGACAGAAGGAUACGACAAGCCGCCACCACAUCCUUCCAGAGGUAUACUCUACUCAGUGAUAAGCUGGCAUUCAGGAAGGGAGAGGUGGAACAACUGACUGCCCAGCUCGCAGAAGAAAAAACUGAGAAUAAGGCCUGGAGGACUCGCUUGGAAGUGAAAGAAGCUGAGUGGAAGAAGGGGCUCAAAGAGAUGUCAGCUGCAGUGGAAAGACUUUCAGCCACUAAGGUGGUCGAUUGGACUGAACAGAGCAGGUAUGGCAUUCAAGGUGAAGGGAUGCAGGGACUGUUUGACCAGGGGGAGGCGGCAGAGACAUCUUAACAGGGAAAGCUAAAGAAGGUGUUUCUGGACCCGGCCGACGUAGAGGCGAGGAGAGAGGCUAACAUAAGAAGUUUUGAGUUCAAGGCUUCCACCGA